AUCGAGAUGAACUCAACCUCGGAAACCAAAGCGGUGAAUCUCUUGGUAGAACCAUUCUACGGGGGUUCACACAAGCAGCUCAUAGAUAUGAUUUACAGUGCAAUCCCAGAUUGCCAUUUGGUUACAAUGACAGCCAAGAAAUGGCACUGGAGAUCAAGGGUCGCUGCUCUGUACUUGGCUCAAAAUAUACCCUUCUCCGAAAAUUACAAGGUCCUUUUCUGCAGUAGUGUCCUGAAUUUAGCAGAGCUAAUAGCUCUUAGACCAGACUUGGCACCACUGAAGAAAAUCAUUUAUUUUCAUGAAAAUCAACUUGUUUAUCCUGUGAGAGAAAAGAAAGAGAGAGAUAUUCAGCAUGGCUAUAACCAGAUUCUGUCAUGUUUAGUUGCAGACAGAGUUGUCUUUAACUCCCAUCACAACAUGGAAUCCUUCUUAUCUUCCAUCAACCAUUUUCUGCACAUUAUCCCAGACUAUCGACCCAAAAAUUUGGCAGCCCAGAUCAGAUCUAAAUGUCAAGUCAUUUAUUUCCCUUUACUCGAUAGAACGUUCUCAACUGAUCAGGUAAAGCAGAUGGAUUCCUAUUCUUCACUGCCCAAUCAGAUCAGUAACCCAGCUUCUCAGGAAUUAUCAGCCAAUCGGAGCACAGCCUCAAAGACAAUAUUGUCCAAUCAGGGGGCUGAUUCAGAGUCUGAGAGAUUAACAACCAAUGGGAAUCUUGAUUUAGAAUCACAGGAGUCUCUCUGUGUUACACCCAAUCAGAAGGUAGAAUUGGAUUCAAAUGAAGGAGAAACUAGCAAGAGACCAAAGUUAGUGACAUCAAAUACUGGCCAGACACUUAUUGACAAAUCUAAUAUAGCAUAUACAGUGAAUUCAAACUCAAUGGAUCAGAUGCCAAAAAAUACAGACCAUUCUGUUAAUCAAGUUCAUAAUGCCUAUGACUUUCAGAAUAGUGUGUCAAAAAAAAAUCUGUCUGAACUGGAAGAGAGGCCUUUGCAUAUUGUUUGGGCUCACAGAUGGGAACAUGACAAGGGGCCUGAAUCAUUCUUUAGCACUGUCAUCCGUUUACACAAAGAGGGGUGUCGAUUUAAGCUGUCUGUCCUUGGCGAACAGUUUACUGAUAAUCUAGAGGUUUUUGAGAAAUCAAAGCCGAUCCUUGAGGAGCAUUUGGAACACUGGGGGUAUGUGCCAAGCAAGGCAGAAUUUCAUCGUGUCCUUGAAAAUGCAGAUGUAGCUGUUUCUACUGCCUUGCAUGAAUUCUUUGGAGUUUCCAUGUUGGAAGCAGUCCAAAUGAAAUGUUAUCCCUUGUGUCCAAAUCGUUUGGUCUAUCCGGAGAUAUAUCCAAAGCAGUAUUUGUAUAAUACAGACAAUCAGUUGUUUAAAACAUUGAGAAGAUUUUGUCAUCAUCCAAACCUGGUCAGGGAACACAAAAUACAGAUAGAUAUUUCAAAGUUUUCUUGGGAAGAACGGAGAGGUGAAUUUGAGGACUUAUUUUGUGUAUAAUAUUUAUACUAAUAAAUGAUAUUUUAAA